UCCCCAUACAAAGCGGACCAUACUCACCACUAUAAAACCAGAAUGACCAUUUCCUACCAUUGUCAGUUUUCGUCCAAACGUGCCACAAAAAAAACAAACAAGAAAAAUGUUCACCAUUGCCAAAAUUUCUUUUGCUUUGUCUUGCCUCGCUUUUUGCCGUGCCGGCAUUCUUGGAGGAUAUGACGAUGGAGGUUACGGCGGAGGACAUGAUGGUGGACUUGAAUUGCACGGAGGAUACGGAGGUGGUGGAUAUGAAGGUGGAUACGGAGGUGGUCACGACGGUGGAUACGGAGGUGGUCACGACGGUGGAUACGGAGGUGGUCAUGAUGGCGGACACGAAGAUUAUUAUGAACACCCGAAAUACAAAUUCAACUAUGCCGUACACGAUCCGCAUACGGGAGACGAAAAGCAACAGUACGAAGAACGCGACGGAGACACCGUAAAGGGCCAGUAUUCGCUCAAAGAGGCCGACGGUACCACCAGAAUCGUUCAGUACGCCGCCGACAAACACAACGGAUUUAACGCGGUCGUACACAAAGUGGGAGAACCGACUGUACAACACGAAGGGUACGAAUCGUACGGCGGUGGCGGUGGACAUCACUAUUGAGCGCAUACGGUCAGGUCCUAAGUCGUAACAGCAGGAAAAUUUCAGUUUUCAGUCGUUUAGUAGUUUAUUAGAAAUUCUAGAGGCGUAUUUUCGGCGAUAAUAAUCGCGCGGUUGGUAAGUGGUCGUCUAUAAUCAUGCCGGUAUUCUCGGUGGAAGGAUUAUUCUUUGUUAGCUCUUAAUCUGGACCUGGGUCUUAUAUUCCCAUUUAAAACAUAGGAUAUAUAAUUCCUACAUAUUUUUUUCUUCAGGUGUACUUCAGGCGAGCUUGAUUAAGGGUUAAGAUGUAUAUAAGUAUAGCGAACCGAGGCUCGGUUACAUUUUUUGGCCAACACACUUGCCUCGAGCCACCUACAAUUACAUGUCAUGCAAACUAAAUUCACGCAAAUUCCUUUGAGUUGAGCCUUCUUCGAGCGACGCGUGGUAGACUUGGAGUACCUUUAGAUUAGCCCUAGAAUCUAGCACGUUGCUCCAUUUGACCUCUGUCUUCUUUAUACCUUGAUAAAAUACCAUUUUGAUUCAAAUAAAACUAGUAUCCUAAGUACGUUCUUUGACUAGGUAUAUCUAUUUCGGUCACUUGGGGAUCCCACAACAGUAACUUUUCAAUUGCUCUCUGAGUAAUUAUUUUAUGACCUGCCUUGUUAUAGAUUUGUUCCAACUAGAUUUUAGGUUUUGGUAUCGAAAAAUUGUCUUAUAUGUUCCACAAACUAGAGAAAAUAAAAAGAAGAAAAUGUUUCCUAUUCUAAACAAUUUCUUGAAAAACAAAAUGGUUUUAUUGAGUUAGCAUUAUUUCGCAUUUAUCAAAAAAAAAAAAAUAAUUUGUAAGUUAAGAUAUUCAACUUAAUAUAGACAGUUUUGCGCAAGUUAGGACUAACAGUUCCAUAAAAAUGUAUCUACUGAAAAGAUUCAGAAACCAGUAAUUUUUUAGUUAAAACGAAAUCUGUAUCAACAUAAACAUCGUACAAACCAGUUUAGAAGGCUUGGAGAAAAGCGGAGCUCAGUUUGUUCCAGGUUUUUUGAGGUGAUCAUUUGGAUCUAAAUACAUUAUAAUCGAAGUUGUCCAUAUGUACAGUUACUGAACAGUUUUGUAUAAAGUUGGAACAAACCUGGGUUUAUAUAAGUACCUAUAAAGCAUACUUAGGAUCCUUCUUUAUGUCAUUUGUUAAUAUAAAAAUGAAAAAUGUACAGCAGACAAGGACAACUAGAAAUAUUCCGCCGAGAAUACCUAUUGCGUCUUUUGAUAUUUUUCGUAUAAGAAUUAACAUUUUUUGCGCCGAAAAUACCAUUUUUUUUGUAAUAACAUUUUCAUUUUGUUAAAACAUUCAUGUAUACUUAUCAAAUAUGUGUAAAUAUUUUAGAAUCUGUACAUAUUUAAAUCCUCAAAUUUUUUCAAUAUAAAAAAUUAAUACACUUAAUUCUGGACAUUUGCGAAUCUAAGAUUAUUUUUAAUUAGUUAUUUUAAUAGAAGAAUUUUUCUAAAUAAUAUUUACGGGAUGUUAUAAACCGUAGUAUCUUUUUUAAUGUUUGAAAACAUUACUGCAAUUAACAGUUUAGCAACAUUGAUUAUUAAGGACUUCAUACCAAAUCAUUCAGAGACGCAUAUGGGAUAAAAAUAUCACAUAAUAAAUAUAAUGGCAGGCAUUUUUUAAUAGUUUAUAUUUACUAAUUAAGCUACCCUUCACUAGUCGUAAAUGCAGUCAUUUAUGCUUUAUUUUCGAUAUAUUUUUUGCAGUUUUUCAUUAUGAUUUAAAAGUUAGUACAUAUCACCUUUGUAAAAUAAAUUAAGAUUGCUAAUGUAAUAGUCAAUAGACUAUAAAAUCUUUAUUUAACAAGUAAGAAUACCGUUAGCAUGAAGCCUUGAAAUACCUUUUAUGUAAAAUUCAACUGGCUUGUAAACUGCAUAUUUUAGAUAAAUCAAUAAAUAACUAACAAUAAUUUAGCAAAAACGCAGAUAUUUAUCGAAAUAGACUUAUUCGUAUUUUGUACAAACUUAAACACAUUUAAAUCAUUACCAGCUGGUAGAAAAUAAAUAAUAUUAACUAGUAUCAAAGUUAACCCUUCGAAAAAUAAAUUAAUUGUAGUUUUUUCGGACGCGAAAGUGACAAAUAAAUAUAUUUAUAUAAAUACGCCACAUUUUGUCAUCUUUAUAGAAACCAAUUGAAUCAAUGAAAUGACGAACGUUACGACUGUUUUGUGAUAAUUUUUUUUAUUGUAAUCAGUAUUGUUAUUUAUAAG